GCUCCGGAGAUGUUAGAGGCGCGCCGGGCGGCCGCGGAGCAGACUGCCGGGCUCCGAGCUCCGCCGUCCCGCCAUGGACCCCGCUCCGCCCCCCGCCGCCUCCUUCUCGCCCGCCGAGCUCCAGCGGCGCCUGGCGGCCGGCGCCUGCUGGGUCCGCCGCGGCGCCAGCCUCUACGACCUCACCGGCUUCCUGCGGCAUCACCCGGGGGGCGAGCAGCUGCUGCGGGAGCGGGCCGGCCAGGACAUCGCUGCCGACCUGGACGGACCGCCCCACAGACACUCGGACAACGCCCGCCGCUGGCUGGAGCAGUACUACGUGGGCGAACUGCGAGGCGACCCGCAGGAUCCCAUGGAGAAUGGUGCUGUAGCCUCUACAGAGACUCAGAAGACAGACCCUGGUACUGAGCCACAGUUCAAAGUGGUGGACUGGGACAAGGUAGCUGGCACGGGACAUUGGGAAUGA